AUGGCGCUGAUAGUCUCUUGCAGCCCCUAUGCAACCACACAGAUGGUAUCGCUGGAAGUUGGACCAGAAGCAACACGCUUCCUCGUUCAUGACAGUGUCUUGAGCCGUAGCGAGGUUCUUGCCGCAAAGUCCUAUCCAUUGGCCUUCGUCAAGCAAUCCGUACUUCUCCCGGAGCUGGAUCUGAAUACAGCGCACACUCUUGUACACUACCUGUAUACCGGUAAAUACCAGAGUCUCAACACACUGGCAUCAUCCGACAAAGUCAUCCCGGAAGUCUACAAGCUGGGCGCAGGUGUAUACUGUGCUGCCGCUCGCUACAAGCUACCCGGUCUUGCUGAGCUUGCCCAGAACAAGAUGAAGUCUCUCGACGAAGAGAUGAGCAUCUUCGAUAUCCUUACCGUAGCGAGGGACCACGCAUUCCCUCUGCUGCCGGAAGAUGAUCUAUGGUAUCCGAGCUAUGUUGAACAGUCGCUCAACAAUGCCAUGGCCGACGAUCCAGAGCCGUUCCGAAAGCCGGACUUCAUUACGACGGUGGAGGGUAAUAGCAGGCUUCUACAGCUCGUCUGGAAGACUGUGAUGAGUAACUACGCUCGAGCGCCGGCGACACCGGUGGUCAAUAAUGAAGAAGCGUCCACUCCAACAGCUGAGAUCGUGCCGGAGCUACAUGAGCCGACCGGUGUUGAAGACGCUGUUUCUGCGACUGCGCCGACUAAGAAGGAAGAGGUAGAAGAACCCGCAACGAAACCGGUCUCGGCGCCUGCACCAAAGGAUGUCGUAGAUGAAGCACCAAUCAUAAAAGACGCAAUAGUAUCGAAGCUCACUGAAGAAGUCGCUCCGAAGCUUGAAGAACCUCAGGUAGAGCAAAAGCCAGCAACGCUCGAGCCCUUCACAGACGAGCUGGACUUCAAGUCCUCAAAGACGUACCAGCAGAUGGGGAACAGGAAGCCGGAACCAGUCAGUACAAGUGACAAAGUCCCAGAGACGAACGAAGCACCGCUUCACGUGCGCUCAGACUCGGUGAUGCAGGUCGAGCAGCCCUCGAUAACUCCUGUCGAUGCGGAGACGAAGACCGAUGGUGUUGCGCAAGCAGAAGAAGGGACUGAGCGAGCAUUGGCCGAGCUAGGAGAUCUGAAAGCACCUGUAGCGCCAGAAAGUAAGAAGAGCAAGAAGAAGGCUAAGAAGGCAAAGUUGGCUGCUAUGGAGUAG